GUCUGACUGCCACAAUGCAGAAACUCCAAGUGAAAAUCUUGAUCCUGUGUUCACUGUGCUAUGGCAUACUCGCAAUGCCAUUGGCAGAAAAGCAAGGAAGUGAAGGAGACUUUACUCCUGAGGAUCGCAAGACUGCAGAGGACUACCUAAAAAAUUUCUAUACAUUUAACAACAAAUCAAGAAACACAUUUGUAGAGAGGAUCAGAGAAAUGCAAAGAUUCUUUGGAAUGACGGUAACAGGAAGGUUGGACACAAGUACAAUGAAUAUGAUGAAAAACUCCCCGAUGUGGCAUGCCUGACGUGGCAGAGGUCAGAUCUGUCCCCGGAAGACCAAGAUGGAGACAAUCUUCCCUGACCUACAGAAUUAUGAAUUUCACUCCUGACCUGCCCCAGAAUGUUGUUACUGAUGCAAUAAAGCGUGCUUUUGAUGCCUGGAGCCAAGUCACACCACUUAGUUUUACUCAAGUUGGAAAUGGUCAAGCUGAUAUACUUAUUCAGUUCUCCAGAUCAGCUCACAGUGAUGGAUCGGCUUUUGAUGGUCGUAAUGGAGUACUGGCACAUGCCUACUUUCCAGGCACUGGAAUUGGUGGUGAUGCUCACUUUGAUGAAGAUGAAACAUGGACAAACAACAGAGCAGCAUUCAACUUGUUUCUAGUUGCUGCACAUGAGUUUGGUCAUUCCUUGGGUCUAGAACACUCCAACAAUCCUUCAGCUUUGAUGUUCCCAACCUAUCGCUAUGUGAACACGGAAGGUUACCGCUUGCCACAAGAUGACGUCGCUCGGAUCCAGGCACUGUAUGGAAGAAGACCAACAUAA